AUGGAGGACCUGUUGGGUUCGGAGAUCGGGAAGAACGACUACGAUUGGCUUCUAACUCCUCCUGGGACCCCACGUGUUCCUGCACUGGAGGUUGCUGAGAAAACACCAUCCUCAAAUAUAUUACCGAAGCGCACUACAACUAGAUCGUCCUCAACUACUAGAGCAUCUAGGCUUUCAGUAUCUCAAACAGAGAAUGGGCAUUCGACGGUUCCCACUAGACCAGCAAGAAGUAACUCUGUCAGCCGACCAUCUAUCCAGUCAGCUCUCAUGAAUGGCAACAACAGGACAUCAGUUCUGAAUACAAGCAUUUCUUCAGUCACUUCAAGACCUACAACCCCUAGUAGGCGAAGCAGCACAGUUGUUGCACCGAAACAAUCAGUUCCAGCUGCACGUCCAGUGCCUGCAAGAUCCUCUACUCCUGUUAAAACUCGUCCAUCUACACCAGCAAAAACUCGCCCAUCCACUCCUACGAGAACUCGUCCAACAGCACCAAACUCUUCAACUGAUUCAGCUACUGCCAAGACCACAUCCACACAUAAUGUGAGGCCAUCAACUCCAAAUUCUCGAUCCCGUAUUGUUCCCAAUUCAUCUUCAAGUGCAACUCAUACAAUAAGCCGCCCGAGCGUCUCCUCAGGUGCAACAAGCAGACCAGGCUCUUCCUCAGGUAAUGUUCCUGGGAUAAGCCAUGCCACCUCAUUGUCCUCAAGUUCAGUUCCUUCAAUGAGCCGCUCCAGCUCACGAUCAUCUACACCUACACGCCAGCCUGCAAUUCGUUCAUCAGCUCCAGCUAUUGGUCGUUCACCUUCUGUUGGACGGAGUUCUAGCAUCAACAGCUUUACAUCUGUGUCCUGGUCUGCAGCCAGUAGUGGCCGGAACUCAGCACCUUCAUCAGCUCCAUCAUCUCGCCCAAGUUCUCCAAAUCCACGACCCCGAGCUCCAGUGCGACCACUUGAUAUCCCUGAUUUUCCAAAUGAAACUCCGCCAAAUCUAAGGACAAAAUUACCUGAAAGACCACUAUCUGCUAGCAGAUCACGGCCAGGAAUGGCUUUAGGCAUAAGAUCAACCCCAAAUACUGAACCUUCAGCUGCCUCAGCUCCUGUGAAGAAGGUCUCUGUGCCUGCUGUCAGUCGAAGUAAAUUUUCUGAUGCAUCAUCAAAGACCUCUACCCUCACAAAUGGACACCAAAAUCGACAGGCUGAAAGGUCCAUUAUUGACAGUCAAGCUAAUAGACCCUCGAGACCUGCCACGGGCACAGAUAAUGGAUUUGGGAGGUCGAUAUCAAAGAGGUCACUUGACAUGGCUAUCAAGCACAUGGACAUUCGGCAGAACUUGGGUGGCAUUCGUGGUGCAUCCCUGUUUCCCCAGAGCAUUCGCUCGGCUGCUGCCAAGGUCCGUCCAGCUUGGACAUCAGACCCAAGGCAUGGCAUCUCAAACGGUGACCAUCACUAUACGGACAAUGGAAGCAGCGUGAACGGACACCUCUCCGGGGAUUCAAACGGGGCUCUCUCACGCAAUGGUGGCAGCUCAACCGAUUUGCCAGACAGGGGGAGCAUCGGGACCAAGGAGACCCUGAGCGAGCUGGACAUCUACGGUAGCUCGCGCUAUGAAGCAAUGCUGUUGAGGGAGGACGUGCGGAGCACAAGCUGGCUGCAUGGAUUCGAUGACAAGCCCGACCAAAGCCCGCUGUUCGACCACCGGUUCGAGCCGCUGCCGGAGCCCUUCAGCCCGUUAUGA